ACACUUCAAGUGAAGUAAGACUUAAUGCGUUGAAGGUGAGUGUAUUAUAGAAGUUGAACCAAUUCAGUUCGAGUUGUACCAUCCAGACAGUUGUAUAUAUGAUCCAGUGAUCAGAAUAUACCCCAUUGUCUUUUCAGCGUUAUGAAAAUCGCCAGUGUUCUCCAUGUCAGGGAGGGCCGCCCUCCCCAAUAUCUAAAUGUCCCUUUGUCAGUGACUGAAAACAAUGAAUAUUUCACAUUGUAUGUUUCAACAUCUUAACAGGCAAUCACAACAUUAGCCGAAGCUCCAAUGGGGCGGACAACUUUAUUGGAAAAUGUUGAUAAGGUAUGUGAAACUGUUUUACAUUAAUAAGAUGACAUGAGUAAGAUAUACUGUAAGACACUACAACACCAUUCAAGCCCAAAGCGGAGACCCUUUAUCAUUGCCAUCAGGAAGAUAGUUGACUAAAUUGCUAACGUCAUAUUUGUAGGUGGAAAAGCUCAUCCAUGAUCACGAGAGCCCAGCUGUGAGAAAAGCCGCACAGAUUGCAGUAAAAGUAAUAACUUGGAAACCAUAG